AAGUGAAAAGUUUUGGGCUUCAGGUUGAAUAAAAUUUAAGUUUAAAAUAUUUAGAUAUAUUUAAAUAUUCAACAAGUGAAAAUAUAUAUUAAUUUUCAAUAUAAAAUAAUUUUUAUUUUUAAAAAUUUAACCCCUUGCAUUUUCUGUAUCGUAGAACUAUCGCCUUUCGCCCCAUCUCUAAUCAGCUGGUCUUCCAUGGCUGCGCUGGUAUGUGUGGGCGUGUGUAUUUAUGUUGUGUGUAUGUGUUAGUGUGCUUGUGAAUUAGAAAUUAUACAUUUUUCGUGAAUUUGUUUGUCCGUUUGAUUCAUUUGUAAAUAAGUUGAAAGUGAUUUUGUGCAAUAGUCCCCCUGACCCGCGGCAGAUGUUUGUCUAGAAACCGACUCACUACCCCCAAAUCGCGUCCGUGUCAAACUUCAUUCAUCGAUUCGGCCAAAAUUCGACCUAAAUCGAGCUCAGCCCACUAAAGGUGCUACUUUUCGCAGUAUCGCUUGCAGUUUCUUGGCAAGAGGACGUGUGUUAGUGGGUCAAAUAGUUCCAGUUCAGAAAUGAGUGAAGCGCCCGAGAGCAGCAAAAAGCGUCAGAAGACGUGCCUUCAAGUGGCGACGAAUGUGACCGAACAGAAGCACCAUGUCACCAGGGAGACGCGCGGCAAGAAUCUCGGCCUGUGCCGAGGAUUCCGAGGAUGCACAGUUUGGCUAACUGGACUUAGCGGUGCUGGCAAGACGUCCAUUGCCUUUGAACUGGAAGCCUACCUGGUGUCCAGGGGCAUCCCCGCCUACGGCCUCGAUGGAGACAACAUCCGGACUGGACUGAACAAGAACCUCGGCUUCACGCCCGCCGACCGCGAGGAGAACAUCCGGCGGGUGGGCGAGGUGGCUAAGCUAUUCGCCGAUAGCGGCGUGGUGGCCAUCUGCAGCUUUGUGUCUCCGUUCGCCGAUGACCGCGAGAUGGCACGCAAGAUCCACAAGGAUGCGGGACUCAAGUUCUACGAGAUUUUCGUGGACACCCCCCUGGAUGUGUGCGAGACGCGGGAUGUGAAGGGUCUGUACAAAAAGGCGCGCGAAGGAGUCAUCAAAGGCUUCACCGGCAUCACCCAGGAGUACGAGCGUCCUCAGAAGCCGGAGCUGGUGGUCAAUACCCAUGGCUACACGGUGCGCGAGUCCACUCAGGAGCUAGUUACCCUACUGGAGCAAGAAGGGAUCAUUCCGCGCUCGCUGCGCGACGUCGAUCUACUGCCGGAACUGUAUCCCAGCGAUGCCAUUGCCACGGAGGCACUGCGUCAUGAGGCGGAGUCGCUGCAGGCCCUGGAGAUCAGCACGGUGGAGCUGCAGUGGGUGCAGGUCCUGGCCGAGGGUUGGGCCUAUCCACUGCGCGGAUUUAUGCGCGAGGACGAGUACCUGCAGACGCUGCACUUCAACACGCUGCAGAGUGGAAUGGACGGAUCCUAUCGGGAAAACCACUCGGUGCCCAUUGUGCUCAGUGCCAGUGCUGCGGAUAAGGAACGGCUGGAUGGUAGCUCCUCACUAACCCUGAAGUACCAGGGCAAGGCAGUGGCUAUUCUUCGCCGCCCCGAGUUCUACUACCAGCGCAAGGAGGAACGCCUGGCCCGGCAGUUUGGCACUAGCAAUCCGGAACAUCCGUACAGCAAACAGGUGUACGAGUCCGGCGAGUAUUUGGUCGGUGGGGACUUGGCCGUCAUCGAGCGCAUCCGCUGGGACGAUGGCCUGGAUCAGUACCGACUGACGCCCAAUGAGUUGCGAAAGAGGUUCAAGGAACUGAAUGCCGACGCCAUCUUCGCCUUCCAGCUGCGCAACCCCAUUCAUAACGGACACGCUCUGCUCAUGCAGGACACGCGGCGGCAACUCCUUGAACGGGGCUUCAAGCAGCCGGUUCUCUUACUUCAUCCUUUGGGCGGCUGGACCAAGGACGACGACGUUCCGCUCGAUGUGCGCAUGCGACAGCAUCAAGCGGUCCUCGAUGCCGGUGUCCUGCGACGGGAGGACACUGUUUUGGCCAUCUUUCCCUCGCCAAUGAUGUACGCCGGGCCCACAGAGGUACAGUGGCAUGCUAAGGCGCGCAUGAACGCCGGCGCCAACUUCUAUAUUGUAGGCCGUGAUCCGGCCGGUAUGCCUCAUCCCGACAAGCAGGCCUAUCCAGACGGCAACCUCUACGAUGCAACGCACGGAGCAAGGGUGCUUAAAAUGGCCCAAGGGUUGGAUAGCAUGGAGAUCCUCCCGUUCCGGGUGGCUGCCUACGACAAAAGCGCCAGCAAGAUGGCCUUCUUCGAGCCGAAGCGCAAGGACGAGUUCGAGUUCAUCUCGGGGACCAAGAUGCGCACCCUGGCCAAGACUGGCGCCAGUCCGCCAGACGGUUUCAUGGAGCCGGAGGCCUGGAGCAUCCUGGCCACCUACUACCAGAACCUGCCGCAGGCGUAACCCGCCACCGGCGCCGUCAUUCAUCCACGUGCAAUUCCUCCUAGUUAUAGCUUGUGGGCUUAUCAUAUUCCUAUGUGAUUACCGCCACGCACCGCUACCCUUUCUGUCCCUCGUGUCGCAAUGUUUUCGUGUACUUCGUUUCCCCCAAUCCGAGCCUGUUUCCCUGUGUGUGUAUGUGUGUGUUUUAAACUCCUGGCCCUUCUCCAGCUAUCGAAGUGCUCGUAUCGUACAAUCUACUUGUAUUUAUAAUUAAGUUUUUGACAACCCUCUGUUUAUCUUAAGCUAAAGAUCGUCCAGUCGUUUCAUGGACAGUUUUUAAAAUAUACAAAUUAAUAUACAAAUUUCAAGCUAUUUUAAUGGGCCAAUAAAUCAAUAGUGUCCGUAGAAUACGAUAUUCAUGAUCGAAGUAAUUAUUGCCUACUUUUGGGGAUCAAGAAAAAAGGCAUAUAACAGUUUCCCCUACUUAAUAAAUAUAUAUCUAUAUAGAGAUCUUAACUAUGAAUAUUUUUCCACCUAAAACAUGAUCUUAGACCCAAUUUCUUCAUGCUCUUUUAUUAAAAACCAGCUUUGUUUUGCACAUGAUUUAUUUUUAUAAAAUUGUAUACGUUUAAUCAUUAAUAUUACAAGUAAUUAAUUAAUAUCAAAUAUGCAAUUAGUUAUCAUUUAAUUUCACACUAUGUACUUUACUGCGCUGUGUAUGUGUUUUUUUUUAUAUCUUUUUAAUUUAAUUUCAAUUUCGUUUCGUUCGCAAAUCUUCGAUAAUGAUCGAUUAUGAUUAUUGGACAUAGUCGUUAGGUGUGCGACAAAAAAACAUAAUAAAUACAGUACAAACUUAUAAAAUGAAAUGUGUGUGAAGAUUAAGAAUAUAAUAAGCACCCUCAGCAGUGCGAAACUACCACAUACAUAUAUGAUAUAGUUUUAAUAAGAUUUUCGGCUGUAUGGAUCUUGGGGGGAGGGGGACACAGAAUUCGAGGCGUACAUAUGUGUUGGGUAAUUGUGCGUCUGGACAUCCUCGUUAUUCCUAACAAAAUGGCAAAGGGUGGAGGGUCUCGUUAAACGUAAAUUGAUCAAAAAAUUACACAUAUGCAAUGAGCAAUGAGCAAACAAGGAUGGGUGGAACUAAUCAUAUGCGUACAUAUACAUAUAUAUUUUCCUUUUACAAUUAAUAAUUUACAAAUCGACAACAAC